AAGGGGAAAAGAGUGUAACUGUAAGUAAACAGAAAGCCCCUUUGACUAAAAUGAUCUUUUAACGGUACACUGAGACGGUUACGAUUAAAAAAAAAAACAAAACACGCGUGUAACGCUAACAUUAAUCCCACUCUUGAAUACGCUGCGUUUGUUUUUGCCCGCCCGUUUUGGAAGCCUUCGGGUUUUAACUUCGGUGUGAAAAUAAAUGCGGUGUGGGGACGUUUGAGGUGGAGCAGGGUUGCCAAGGCUGUGGGGGCUUCAUGCGGUUCGUCAUGGUGAACGAUGUUCCGGAAAGUCAAAAAGCGCCACAGCAGCAGCAGCUCACAAAGCAGUGAGAUCAGCACCAAAAGCAAAUCUGUGGACUCCAGUUUGGGAGGGCUCUCCAGAUCGAGCACCGUUGCCAGCCUUGACACAGACUCCACCAAGAGCUCAGGUAACAGCACGUCUGAAACAUGUGCUGAGUUCCGGGUGAAGUAUGUGGGAGCCAUUGAGAAGUUACAGUUCGACAUGAGCAAGACCCUCCAGGAGCCUCUGGACCUCAUCAACUAUAUUGAUGCUGCUCAGCAAGAUGGAAAGCUGCCCUUUGUGCCUGGAGAUGAAGACAUGAUUCUGGGAGUGUCAAAGUACGGAGUCAAAGUGGCCUCGCUGGACCAGUGUGAUGUGCUGCAUCGCCACCCUCUGUACCUGAUAGUGCGUAUGCUGUGUUACGAUGACGGCCUGGGCGCAGGGAAGAACCUCCUGGCUCUCAAAACCACAGAUGCAAAACAAGAGGAGUGCAGCAUCUGGGUGUACCAGUGCAGCAGCUCAGAGCAGGCUCAGUCCAUCUGCAAGGUGCUGUCGGCUUCUUUUGACUGCGCUCUGACAUCAGACAAGUCCUGAAACCAGAGGGAUCUGGAUGGGGGCUGAGACAGCAGCAGGGACUCAGGAGAUAACCAUGGUUGUAUUGUGGUUGCCAAAAAUGCAGCCAUUCCCCCUUUUUUUUCCUCCUACUGUUAUUUUCCCCAACUUCCUUUAAAAGAGAUUAUCUGGAGGACAGUAUGUGAUUUCCAUGUUAGUUUGUAAGAUAACAUGAUUCAGGCCCGAUGCCUGGCUUCUGAUCGGUACUCUCGCCAGUUAAGAAAGAACUACUGUGAAUUUGUCAUUUCCUUGGAAUUCAUUUCCUUCACCUGUUCGUUUGACCUUCCACAUAAAGAGCAGGGGGAAAAAAAGUGUUGAAAAAAGGGAAAUGGUUGUAUUGUUUUUAAGCAUUGGAAUACAUGUAGAUGAAUCAUAUUUAAUGUAAAUUAUGGCACAAAAUGGUCCAGAGUGUUGUAACCCACCUUCUGCUCAGCUCCUUCACAGUACAGUGAUGUGAUGUUCAGCAGUGCAGAUGCGGUACAAAGAUUUGAUGAAAUGCGUACAGUUUGGUUUUCUUUGUGUAGAAACCACUCAGAUCCAGUUUAAAUAUCCUCUCUCUGUUUUGUUGUGUUUUUUGAGAUAAACAGUAUUGGUGCGCUUGAAGGUACGUCAUACAAAAUGUUUAAACUGUGGACCACAUCCUCUAUUUGUUCUUAAUGUGUGUGAUUUACUCAUUUUUAAUGAUUGUUUUGACUUUUAUCGUAUCUUGAUUUAAGUUUCUUUGUAUUUGAAGUUUCUUGGUACCAAAAGCUUGACGUGUUUUCUGAUUGUUACGUCCUUGUUCUUAUGAUUAAAAAAGACAUCAAAUCCACUAGACUUGCUGAAACCACGUGUUUUCGGUCACAGUUCUAACUUAAUAAUAGUCCUUUUUCCUGUCCUCCUUUUCAACACAGUCGGGUUGAGACUGGGUUGAAAGUGGGGGAGACAAUGAAAGAAUUUGGAUCUGGUACAUAAAAAUUUUUCAGAAUUG